GGAGCAGUUGCUGAUGUAUACGUAUAUGUGGUCCUCAAUGGCAAGUUAUUAUUUUUUGUACCAAGUCUAGUACAAAAGUCCUAUUUUUGUAUAAAACCAAAUAACCAAGAAUAAUGCACAGUACCUUUCCUUUGGACAACGCUGGAGCUGAAUGGAACCUUAGAGAUCACUUAAUCUAGGUGGCUAGAGUACCAGGCCAGGAGUCUGGAAGACUCAUCUCCCUGAGUUUAAAUCUGGCUUGACAUAUCCGAGCAUAGUGACCGUGGGCAAGUCACUUAACCCGUUUGAGUUAGUUUCCUCAUCUGUAAAAUGAGAUGAAGGGCAUGGCCAACUAUUCCAUCUAGUAUCAUUGUCAAAAAUACCCCCACCCAAAUGGGGUCAAUGAAGAGUAGGACAUGACUGUAAAAAGCCUGAACAGUACAACUGACUGAAUUUUCAAAGAAAACUGAGGUCCAGAGACGGGCAAAUUUUACUAUUAAUUCAAGAAUGGACGCUGAGGCUGGGAGUCAAGGUUUUUCACUCCAUUGCCCCGGUUCUGCCUACUACUUCAAGGAUCAGAAAGCAUUCAGUUCCGGGAAGGGGCGUGCAGAGAGGAUUCUGGGAUUGGUAGAUCGGAGAGAGUCUGCGCAGCCUGGCCUGAACUACGGAAGCCGGCUUGAGGAGGCCACUUUUUGUUGUCGCCAUUACCGUAAAUGUCGGAUCGGAGGCGGCGUCAGUGUGCGGCCGGUCUCCGCAGAAUACAGCCUUCCUCAGGAAUGUGUGCCAGUGUCCAGCCUGACUCCGAAGGGAACUGGCUCCUUUCUGGGGAUGCAGAUGUCAAGUCCACAGUAUUGGUCCCAGAUGGAGAGUCAUUGUCCCUGAAUAAGAUGGCUAUUUCUCUGAGCUCCCAAAUCUUGGAUGUUCAUAAACCAGACAGAGUACUGAGAAUAAAUUUCCCCAGGGAAGAGGUUAACAUUCUAGAAAGAGAAUGGUUUAAUCCAGAGGCUUCUCGUCAGAACUUCAGAUGUUUUCCUUACCCAGAAAAAGCUGGGCCCCGUGAGGCUGUGAACCAGCUCUGGGCAUUCUGCCUUCAGUGGCUGAGGCCAGAGAUUCACACAAAAGAGGAGAUCCUGGAGCUGCUAGUGCUGGAGCAAUUCCUGACUAUCCUGCCCAGUGAAAUCAGGAUUUGGGUGAAGUCACAGCAUCCAGAGAACAUUGAGGAGGUGAUCACUUUGGUGGAGGAUGUGACCCAAAUGUUUGAGGAGGAGGUUUUGCAUUCUCAGGAUUCUGUACUUCAAGAUAGGAACACGGAGAAAGAAGAAAAGCCUGCUGGGUUUCCAGCAGCCAAAUUUCAGGAAUCGGUGACAUUCAAGGAUGUGGUUCCAGACUUCACUUGGGAAGAACUGGUGCAACUGGACCCUGUCGAGCAGGACCUAUACAGAGAUGUGUUGCUAGAGAACUAUAGGAACUUGGUUUUUCUUGGGCUUUUAGCUUCCAAACCAGAUGUAAUCAUCCAGUUGGAAUGUGGGGAAGUGCCAUGGAUACUAGAGAAUGAAGUCCCAAAAGAUUCAGACAUCAAUCCUGAAGCCAACGCAUCAUUUGCAAAGUGGGAAAUACCUAUGGAAGAAUCACUUCAGGAAGCAAUAAUGGAAAGACCCAGAAAGCCUAGUUCCUCUAACUUCAGACUGAGAGAAUCCGUUCACUGUACUGGCAUAUUAGUGAGUCAGCAAGGCCUUCAUGAGAAUUUGAAGCAAGAAACUGGCAUACAUGAAGAAAUUUCCAGUAAUGGGACAGGUUUUGAGAAUAAUGAAUUUGAGAGAAGUUUCAAUCUGAGUCCAAUCCUCGAUAUAGAACAGAGGGUUCCUAUACCAAAAAACAUCUAUAAAUAUGAUUCCUAUGGAAACAACUCCAAAGAUAAUUUAGAACCAAUUAAUCAUUCAGGAACCUGUACAGGAAAGAAACCUUUUAUAUAUAAUGAAUUUGAGAAAACGUUUAACCAUACUUCACAGUUUAAUCUUCGUCAUGACUGCCUUUCUGGAGAGACACCCUAUACAUGUAGUGAAUGUAGGAAAACUUUUACCAAGUGGGUAAAUAUUGCUGAACAUCAGAGCAUCCAUUCUGAAGAGAGAUCAAGUCAUUAUAAAUGUAAUGAGUGUAGUAAAAUCUUUUUUAAGAGGUCAAAUCUUACUCAACAUCAGCAAACUUAUUUUGUAGAGAAACCUUUUAAGUGUAAGGAAUUUGGGAAAACCUUUAAGCAAAUAUCACAACUUAAUGUUCAUUAUGCCAGUCAUUCUGGAGAGGAGAAUUUUACUUGUAAUGAAUGUGGGAAAGCCUUCACCAAGUGGGCAAAUCUUACUGAACAUCAGAGAUUUCAUUCUGGAGAGAAACCUUAUAAAUGUAAUGAAUGUGGGAAAGCCUUUACCAAGCGGUCAAACCUUACCCAGCAUCAGCAUACUCACAUUGGGUUGAAACCAUUUAAGUGUAAUGAAUGUGGAAAAGACUAUAGCUACCUUUCUCAGCUUAAUCUUCAUCAAAGAAUUCAUUCUGGAGAGAAGCCCUAUAAAUGUAACGAAUGUGAAAAAGCCUUUACCAAGAGGGCAAACUUAAAUCAACAUCAAAAAAUUCACUCUGGAGAGAAACCAUACAAAUGUAGCGAGUGUCACAAAGCUUUUGCCAAGCAGGCAAAUCUUACUCGACAUCUUAGAAUUCAUUCUGGAGAGAAACCCUAUAAAUGUAAUGACUGUGGCAAAGCCUUCACCCAGAGGGCACAUGUUACUCAACAUCAGAGAAUUCAUACUGGAAAGAAACUUUAUUGAAAGCAUCUAUAGCCAAAAAUUUUUCAAUUUGAAAGCACAUAUUAAUGAGCAUAAAUGAAAGUGUAAUGAAGAGAAACCUUGUGAAUAUAAUGUGAUAUUUAUGAAUAUUUCUUGUCCUUUUUAGAAUUACAGAAUAUAUCAGACUCUAAAAUUUAUACUCUGUUCUUGGUUCUUUUGUCUAGGGCCAAAUUGAACAAGUUUCAUAACAGAAGAACAGAAUUAGAAAUUACUUCAAAAACUAUCCAGUUCUAUCUACCUAGUAGGUGUCCCUGACAAGUGGGUUUUCCAUCUUUUUAACAACUCUAAUGAGAGUGAACCCGCUGUGUCCCAAGAUAGCCCACUCUACUUUUUGUUAGCUCUCCUUGAUAAGAAUUUUUUAUGUCCACCAAGUUUAAACCUGACUGUAGUAUCUUCACUUUGCUCUCAAUUCUGCCAAAUGGGAUCAAGUAGAACAAAUCAAAUCCCUCAUCUAUAUGGUAAACCAUAAAAUAUUAGAAAAAUAGUUAUGGUCCUUCUGUGUUAAUUUCUUAUGACUAUAUGUGCCUAGUUUCUUUAACCAGUCCUUGUUUGGAUAUUUUCUAAUCUUCUUAUCCUCCUACUCACCCUCUACUUGAAAGUUUUUCUAUACCUAAAUAUGAAAGGCAUCUAAAAUGUCAUCUAAAUAUGACUUGAUAAUGAUAGAAAGUAAUGGAAUGAUUAUUUGUUCUGAAUGGUAUGCAUCUUUUAAUGCCACCUGACAUGCUAUCAUUAAAAAAACUCUAUCAUUUAUUGUUUCCAAGGGUAGAACUUUAUAUUUGUUUCUCUUCAGUUUCAUAUUAUUAAAUUCAUUCCAUUAUUUUAGCCCAUUGAGACUUUCUUAGGUUGGUCUUUAUCAUCUUACAUGAAUGUGUUAGCUAUACUUGCUUUCAUGGCAUCAAUCAUCAGACAUUUAUCAGGUAUGUUCUAUAUGCUAGACACUGUUAGGGAGACAGAUAAAAAUAAAGUAAUCUCUUCUCUCAAGGAGCUAAAAUUAUAGCAAGGAAAUAAAAAUAUGUUUAUAAACAUAUUGAGAAAAUACAGAGACACUAAUAUGGAGGAGGAUCAGGAAAGAUCUUCUAUAGGAAGUGGCAUAAGCAGAGGGCACAUGUUUGAACUUUGAAGGAAGCCAGGAAUUCUAAGAGGCAAAGGUCAGACAAUAAAUACAGUAGUCAAUUUCAGGCAUGAGGAACAGUUGGUAAAGAGAGAUGGAAGAUGGAAUGUCAUGUUUGAAAACCAGCAAAGUCAGUUUGUGUGGACAAUAGGAUAAAAGGUAGGUUGGAAUCAGGUUAUGAAAUCUCCUGGGUGAAGCUUAACAAAGGAAGAAAAAUAAGAAUUUUGUUCUAACUUUAUAGUUCCUUGAUUUCCUCACAUUCAUUUUUUCUUUUUUUUUUUUAAUACAGUUGCCUUUUGUCUCAGAAUCAUGUAUUGAUUCUAAGGCAGAAGAUUGAUAAGGGCUAGGUAAUGGGGGUUAAGUGACUUGUCCAGAAUUGAUCCCAGGACUCUUGUCUCUGGGUCAACUCUAUCCACUGAACCACCUAAUUACUCCUCCCUCCCCCCAUGCAUUUUCAAUGGUACUCCAUGUACCUCCCCCCUUUCACUUAUCUUGUUUCUUUUGAAUGAGAUAUACCCUUUCAGAGGAAUAUUCUAGUCCUGAAUAUUGUCCAACAAAAUCUUUGCAAUACCCUAUAUAUUCUAAUUUGUUCCUUGUAUUAGAAUUCUUAAAUUCACCUUUGUUAAUCCAUACCUCCCAUAUUUGCAUAUGGGACAUUUGAGGCCAUGAGUUUUGUCCCCAUUUUUAUAGAUUUUGUAUCCUGUGAAAUUCUGGAUGUUUCUAUUUUUAGUCUUUUGAGAAAUGGUUAAAAAAAAAAGAUACCAUUGAAGACAUGUUUAUAUGGAAAAGGAGUUAGAUCUAUCAUGUAGUAAGAGUGAGGAAAACUGACUGACAGUACAAAUUUUGCCCUAAUAUCUGUAGCUCUUAAAACUUUAGUAGCUUAAAAUGAUGCCAAAACUUUUGGGAUACUUUGUGUUAGAACUACAGGAGGGAUUCUAGCUUUUUAGUAGAUACUUUAGAAGAUUUGUGAAAGGAUAAAUGAAUUAUAUCAAAUAAGAAGUCAUGGAUAGGUUUUGAUCUUUGUAAGGAGAGGUAUCCACACUUAUAAGACCACAAAUCCUUCAAAAUAAAAUUAUUAUAUUGACUUUUAGAAAGAUGAUUAUUUUAUUUGGAUUAGCUUUUUGGAAAUGUUGGCUGAAGUUUAAAUUCUUAGUGUAGUGGAAGGAGCAGCAACCUAAGAACCAUGUGGCAGUUAAUAACUAAGGGAAACAUUCUGAGCUAUCUGAUUUAUUAGCAAAACAGGUGAGUAACUCUCUAGUCAGCCCAAAGACCUUGAAUAUAACCUGAGAUAGACUUUUAUGUAUUGACAACAAUCGAAUAAAACAAUUACAAGAAAAUAACCAGGAUACAAGAUUAAGUAAUUAAUUUUUAAUUGAAGGAAAGAUUAGGAGCUUUCCAAGUUGCGAGGGGGACAAGUAGGUUUGGGGUCUUUUGAUUCAUAGAAUAGAGAAAUAUUAAUUAAUUGCAUCUACCUGUAUUUAUGAAACAAUAGAUGAUAAAUGACAUCUAGUUUGCCAUGGAUGAAUAACAGAAAAACAAGAUGGAGGAGAGUGCAUGUGGAAGCACAAGAUGGAAUCAAUGUUCAUGAGAUAGAAUCUAAUUGGUUCUUUUGAUAUCCAUACCAAACUUCAUUCUUUACUCAAUCUCAUCAGCCACUAUGUCUGGAUUCUAAACUUUAGUGUUAAGGGUAAAUUUUAGGGUUGAGACUGAAUAUAUUAAUUAAUGGUCACCAGGGAUUUAAAUUCUAAAUCCCACUGAAAUACUUGUCAGAAUAGAAUUUUAUGGUGUUUUAUUUACAAUAGGAGGAAGAAUUUAAGAAUGAGGGAGAAAGAGAAAAAGGGGAAGUGCUACAUCGGUCUGGCCUGAAGCAGUGGGAGUUCAGAGGCCUCAGCCAAGGGGCCUUCUCAGAAGAUUAAUCUAGCUUGGCUUCCAUCCAUGAGGCCUCCUCCAAGAUGAGGUGCCUCCUCCAAGGCUAGUGCCUUCAGAAAGAUCAAAGGAAAGGGGAGUCAGCCUUAUUACUCACCACGUGGCUGUUUAGGGAAGCAGUCUCACCUAGGCCCACGCUUCAGAGCUCCUCCCAGUCAACUCCACUGCCAAAGUCUGCCAAAAGCCUCAAAGUUGCCAAAAGCCCUUUUCACAGGAAGUGACACGAAAUAUAUAGGCAGUUCUUUACAUCACUUCCUGUGUCUCACAUGUACCAAUGGUGCCUUAAACUUGGCUUAGGACAGCCCAGGGGGUCAGUCAGUUGUUUCUGAUUUGUCACUUUCUAGUACAUGCAGGUCAUAGGCCAUCCUCCCUUACAGUUAAUCCUUAAGUAGUGGUAUACAUUCCUGGUUGCUAGAAUUCUAAAGACUAAGCAGGGUGGAGUAAAUCUAAAAUUUACAGUAGUUACUUUUAUGUUUUUCAGAAAGUGGCUUAGCUCUUUUUCAUGCAUAAAUUAAGAGUUUUGAAUGAAAUUAAAAAAUAUCUUGUAGAGACCAAAUUAAUAUAAUUCCAAGAAUAUAAGACUUCUGGGCUACUCUACUAUAGCAUUAUGGGCAAAGCAAUGGGUUUAUCAUGAAGGUGAGUCAGGCCUUUUGAAUGUAGGAUGCAAGACCAUUAAUAUACAAUCUCUUUUUAAUAAGUAAUCUCUAGAAAGUGGAUUGCUUGUCCUUUCUGCCUUUUUACUACCAUUCCCAUUCCUCUCUAGUCCAGGUUCCCUAUAUCCAAGUUGACAGCUUACAGAAAGGCCUUAAAACAUUUUUUUGUUAGUAUUCUUGAAAAUAGUACUCAGCACUUUGAGUGUUUUAAAGAAUCUUCUCACUAAGUUCCAAGUGGAAGUAUUGAGGGAUUUCUAGCAUAAGGUAAGUUUAUAAGUAAUAUUAUAUGAGUUAAUUCUGGUUUCAGAUGCAAAGUAGAGGAGAUUAGUCCCUAAUUUUAUUUAUUUGGUAUUGGCAUUGUGUAUGGGCAGAUUACAUGGCCAGGCAGAUUUGGAUGCUGUUUGAAGUAGCAUCAAUAUAACCCUUCAUUUGGCAGAAGAAGUUAAGGUGGAAUGUCAAGCUCUUUAUACUAUACCACACAUCUUUCUCUCCUAGCCUUUCAGCUUGAUGCCAUGAUGAGAAGAAAUCAAAGGGUAAAAUACUGUGCACAUGUAUCCAGGAGGACUAUAGGGCAUGAGUGCUUACAGGCACUCUCAUGAAAGUAGUGUAUUUGCUAAGUCAUGGUAGCUGCAGUGAGUCAAAUGGAUUGGAAUGAGCAAGAAGGUGAGCCCAGAAAGUAGAACACACAGAGAAGGAUCUGCCAGGUAAAUCAUGGGUCAGAAGCUGGCUAGGCAAACAGAAACAAGAACAACAAAAAUAUUUAAGAGCAGAGGACUUGGCUUCAAAUUCAAGUAAUAUUUAGAUUCCACUGAAGAGAAUAAAGUGGAACCAUACUUUAGGAAUGAAAAAGAAAUUGAUCUACAGUAUUAAGUUUAUAGAAGAAAGUCUCUUUGCUUGUCAUACUCAUGUGCCCAUCUCUUAGUGACUUCCUUCCACCAGGCUGGCUUAUCCGCUACUGAAGUUUACCAGCUGGCCAUAGACCUGUUGAGUUUUCUGUGCUCAUCUCCACUGUGGAUGCAAAUGGCUAGAUGCUGUAGUUGGCUUGCUCUAGAAACUGCAGAACCUCUCUCCAAUAUGCAUUGUGAUGUGGGUGUUGAGAGCAGCUUUUUAGGUGAAGCUUUUGCCACAUUCAUUACAGGAAAAUGGUCUUCCCCACUGUGAUUCUGGAGGUGAAUCUUCAAACUUCCCCUUAGAUGGAAGCUCUUAUCACCUUCAGAGCACUUAAAGGGUUUCUCCCCACUAUGAACUCUAAUAUGUUCAGUGAGUUCAUGUUAUUGAGUAAAAUUCUUGGCACCUUUUACAUAGGAAGAUGACCCUUUGACCUUCAAACUCCUUUUUAUUCAAAAACUCUUAUCACACUUAGGUCACUGGGAAGGAUUUCCCCCCACUGUUGGUGCAAGUGGGCCUUCAUACCCCUCUUUAAAUGAAAAUUCUUGACACAUUUUGGACAUUGGAAGGGCUUCUCUCUGCUAUACUCAUCCAGGAACCUUUGAAGGCUGGGUGAAGUUUCUAUUGCAUACCCCAAGCGAAUGGCUUCUUUCCUCUAUGCACUCUUAUAUGUUCAGAGAGCUUUAGACUAAUGGGUGAAGGUUUUGCCACAUGCAGGAAAAGAACCUCCAGUGUGAAUGCUGAGAUGCCUGCUGAGCUUUGAUGCCAUGCUUACCACAUAAGAAAGGUUCUCUCCACUGUGGACUUUGAUGGGUUUAAUGGGAUGAGAGUGCCAGAGGAAGCUCUUGUCACAUUCCCCACAGGAAAAUGGUUUCUUUUCACUGUGUACUCUGAUGUACUCAGUGCUCAGAGCUUAGACUGAUGAGUAAAACUCUGGAUCUACCACAGGAGCAGCCUAUUCUUUCUUUGUACCUGCUAUUGGGCUAUCCUGGCGGUCUUCCAAGAAAGACCUUUGUUACACUCAAGACACAAAGGCUUUCUGCUCACCGUGCUGGCACAGAUGGGCUUUCAGAUUUCUUUUCAUUGAAAAACCUUGUUACAUUCAGGACAUGGAAAGACUUCUCAUAGUACAUUCUGAAGUGCUAAGUGAACUUGGACUGAUGAGUAAACCUGUUGCACUCAUUGCAGGAGAAUGGCUUCUCUCCACUUUCUACAGUCUUAUAGAAGGCCUUCCAAGAGAAAGUCUUAUCACGUUCAAACAUGGAAGGACUUCUCUCUGAUGCGAAGGUGCAGGCAAGCCUUCAAACUUUUCUUCUGACAAACUUUCCUCACAAUUAGAACAUUGGUAGGGUUUUUCUCCAGAGUGUAGUCUAAUAUGUUCAGUAAGUUUAUAUUGCUGUACAAAACCCUUGCCACACUCCCUACAGGUGAACGACUUCUCUUCCCUGUAUAGGUAUAGGCAUUUCUUCCUGCUAACUUUGUAAAAGAAGCUCUUCUUAUACUCAGGAUGCUGCAAAGGUCUUUGCCCAGUGUGCACAAACUGAUAGAUAAUCAGGCUACCCUUCAGGAAGUAGCUUUUCUCACAUUCACUGCACUGGAAAUACUUCUUCCCGUAGGAGAUACUCUGGAUUUUCUUAUGACUAUGAUAUUUCUUUUUAUAUAUUUUAUAUUUUCAAAGUUGAUUAUUGGCAUGAUUCCUCUGGUGUUUCAGCAAGUGGCCCUUCCCCCAGAUGAUUUUCCCAUAAAAAAUGGCAGGUGUGCCAGACUCUUUGUUCUGGAAGCAUAUCUUAGUUUCCAGAAGGGUUCUGUCUUUUUUGAUUUGGAUUUUUCUCCCUCUCAGACAAUAUAUUAUUUUGUACUUUUCAGUAUCAAAGGCCAUGUAUAACUUUAAUAAACAGAUAUCCCAAGAAAUGCUUUUGUUCUAACCCAGAGGAAACGUUUCCUUUUUUCUUUGGUAAGGAUCCAGAUAAAUCUUUGUUUUGAAGACUAUCUAAAUUACAUUUCUUUUCUCAUAUUCACAGUGUCUUGGUAACCCCCAAAUGACUGCUCCUUAGUGAUCUCAAAGUCUAAUUGGGGAUGAGAGGUUAUAAUUUUUUUUCUCAAAGGCCACCUGUCUUCUAAUGGACAGCUCUUCCCCAUGCUUAGUACAAGAUAUCACAUCUGGUUUAGAAGUGGUAUAAUCAUUUUAAUGUUUCUCUUGAGUCUUGAAUUUGCUCACUGAAUUUUCUUUUCAGCUCUGUUUUUUUCUCCCCAGGAAUGCCUGGGAAUCUCUUUCAUUAAAUAUCACUUAACUUCCCUGGAGGAUUGUACUCAGUUUCCUUGGGUAUGUGGCUCAUGUUUGUUAUCCUAGAUCCUUUGCCUUUUGGAAUAUCAUAUUCCAUGCCUUCUAGUCUUUUAACACUGCCAGAUCUUGUGUAAUCCUCGCUGUGACUCCACGAUAUUUGAAUUGUUUUCUUCUGGCUGCUUGCAGUACUUUUUCCUUGUCCUGGGAGUAUCUAAAUUUUGCUAUGAUAGUCCUAGUAUGUUUUAUUUUAGGAUCUCUUUUGGGAAGUGAUCGGUAGAUUUUUUUUCAAUUUCUAUUUCCACUUACUUGUUCAAGGAUAUCAAGGCAGUUUUUUUCUGAUGGUUUCUUGUAAUACAGUUUCCAGGCCUCUUUAACAUUUUUUAUUUUUCUCAUAGCUUUCAGGUAUUCUGAUGAUUCUUAGAUUGUUUCUCCUGGUUAAGUUUUCCAAGUUGGUUGUUUUUCCAGUGAGGUAUUUCAGUUUUUCUUCUAUUUUUUUCCCAUUCUUUUGAUUUUGUCUUAUUGUUUCCUGUCAUUUGCUCAAUUUUAAUUUUUAGGAAGUUAUUUUCUUUCAACUUUUGUGUUUCCCUUUCCAUUUGAUCAAUUCUCCUCUUUAAGGAAUUGUUUUCUUUAGUUUUUUGCUUUGCUGUUUCCUUGCCUCAGACUACAUGUAAACAUGUCAGGCUACUCCCUUACUCUGCUAUUUUGUUGCUUCUGGCCACAUGGAAGCUCUUUGAACUGGUCCUGGCUACUCUCCCUUAUCACCCUAGUGAGAUUUAUUCCUUCUGCUUUCCUUUAUUUUGGGGUGGUUAUUUUCUAUUUUUAUAAAUUUGGUUGGUUUGAAUGAGCAGAACAUCCCUUAUUGUGCUCUCUUAGCUCCUAGCAUCUUUCUAAUGUUUUAAAUUCAUAUUGCCUGCUUUCCUGACUAACUCAGAUCCUUUUCUCAAAGUCAGGUCAUUUUCUUCUCCAUGAACUGUAUGAUAGAACAAUUCUUGAUUUCUUUCUUCUGGAUUUGGGUUGGCAACAUUAUUUGGUAUAUUAUCUCUUCUAGAAUUUGCUUCUCUAGCCAUAACUAAUAUGAGUAUAGGAACCCUGUAGUAAAAACUUCCUCUCUUUGUCAUCCCCUUUUUUCCUAUGAUACUGGCUACCCUAUAAUGGCUUCCUUACAUUAGAUUCUAGCCAUAGGUCUAGAGAAGUAAUUUCUUUCCCCCUGUUUUUCUAUACUAGAAUAGUCAACCCUCUCAGACCUGCCUAGGUUUUCUUUCUUUCCUUUUUUAAGGAUUAAAUUGUAUAUUUUUAAUUAAUUAAAAAAAGAAUGUUUUCCUUCCUCUGGAAAAAAGAGAAAAACAAGACCUUUGUAACAAAUAUACAAUCUAGCAAAACAAAUUCCUAAAUUGGCCAUGAGAUACAUGUCUCUAUCUAUUCUCUUUAUAGAUAUAGAUCUAUAGAUAUCUGUGUUUCUCUUUCUAUAUAUAUCUAGCUAUAUUUAUAUAUGUAUCUCUAUGUAAAUAUAUAUACUUAAACACACAUAUACAUUGUGAGUCCUUUACUCUUCAAAGAGUAAGUAGCAUGUUCCACAUAAGCUUUAUGAAAUCAUAAUUAGUUAUUGUGUUGAUCAGCUUCUUAAGGCUUUCAGAGUUGCUUUUAUUUAUAUUAUUGUACAAACUGUUCUGGCUUUCCUCACUUUAUUCUGCAUCAGUUUAUAUCACUCUUCUCAGAUUCCUCUGAAACUGUCCUUUUCAGCAUUUUUUACAAUAGUAUUCUGUUACAGUCAAAAACCAUAAUUUGAGCAGACAUUCCCUACUUUUGAUGGGAUGGUUUAGUUUGGCUUUCCCUUAGUUCCUAGUUCUUUGUCACUACAAAAAGAGCUGCUAUAAUAUUGCUAUACAUAUGGAUCCUUAUCCUUUUUC